AUGCCUCGAUUCCAGUCUCUAGUGCCACUACUGAGGCCAUUGACCGCCCCAAGAGCAGUCGCAUGCCGACAGCACUUCCGCUUCUCUACGGCGACAAGAUGGCAGGCUGAGCAGCCUCCAGCAAACUCCAAGCCCAUCGCUCAACCCUCCCUCCCACCAAACGCCUCUUCCGAACACCCCUCAACGCCCCAAGAAGCCCAGCGAGCCGCCGACCUUGCAGCAGCAGAGUCCCUCACCGAAGGCGACAGUGCGCAGCCACCAGAACAGAAGCCCACACUACCUUCCAAGCACCCACGAGCCGACAACAAGCCAACAAACACGUCGUCGCAAGCUAAGCCCGCAAAGGCUGAUGACGUCGCGCCCGCGCCUUCGAGCGCGCCCUCAAACGUCGCGGACACUACAUCAACACUCAAGAAGGAGGCGGCUAAGAAGACAAAGACAUCACGCGCACCUAAACUGUCUUUGCCACCACCGAAAUACGUCGUCUCGAGGUCAGCGAAUAAGAAUCUGCCCAUCUACACCGAUUACAAGCGAGGAGGCAACUUGCAUCUGACGACGAUACGAAAAAUUACCGGAGAUGUAUCGGCGCUGAGGGAUGAGCUGAGGGUCUUUCUCAACAAGAAGAACGAGGAGGUCAAGAUCAACAGUGUGACGCAACAUGUUGUUGUCAAGGGCCAUCACGUCAGUGAGAUUGCCGAAUUCUUGAAGGCACGGGGGAUGUAA